AUGCUUCUUCGCCUAAAUCGAAUGCUGGCGACAACUGCGAACAUGCUCCAGGCUGCGCAUGUGCCAGCCGAGAUUAUCGUGGUGGAGUGGAACCCCCCGCUGAAUGCCCCACACAUGCGGGAAGCCAUCUCGCGCGAACCUGGUGGAGAUGACAUACCCAUUCGCGUCAUCCACGUACCCACAGCGAUUCACAUGUCUAUGCCUCACCACAAGGCACACCCCAUUUUCGAGCACACAGCAGAGAACAUUGCUUUCAGACGCGCGCGAGGGAAGUUCAUCCUCAAGACUAACAUAGACAACAUCUUGAGCCCGUACACUGUUCUCUUCAUUGCCCGCCGUGAGCUGCAACCCAAUGUCGUGUACCGCGCAACCUACACGGAAUACGACGUCACGUGCCCUGAGACGGAGGGCAUGGCUGCAAAUGAGCUGCUUGACUGGCUCUUUUCCCGCGAGGACUUGAUCAGCCGAAUGAACAUGGAGUUGGCAGACCUGCAGCAGAAAUACCCCGAAGAUACCAACGUGUGCAUGAAUCCCGGGCAAGAUGGAGAUCCUGGCGACAGCUGGGAGCACAAGCCUUUCUACUGGCCGGGUAGUGGCGAUUUCGUGCUGACAAGCCGACGUUGGAUUCUGGCCAUCCAUGGAUACCCUGAGGUGGCACAAAAUUGGCAAACUGAUGAUCUCAUUCACUGUCGCCUGCGUGCGGCUGGUGUUCGCCAGGUAGUUCUGCAACCGCCCUGUGUCACCGUACAUCAGAACCAUCGACGCCCCUUGCCGCGUGUAAUGAACUAUCUUGAAGGAUGUUGA